UCCCAUUGCUGCAGGGCUUUGGGGGAGAAUGAGCUUCAUCUCUGAAUCUUCACUUGUAUAAUAUGCCACGCAUUCGGCACAGGUAACUCAUUCGGUGUCACAGUUCCUUGGGUGUGUGUGGUGAUCCGGGUCUCUCGAAGGUCUGCGUGCCAGCUACCUGCAGCAGAAGAAAGUUGCGGGAUAUAGGUGUGCAGCGAGGAGGUUUGUGUACGAUGGCGCAUCACGCGAUGAGGGCCACUGUAAUAGCCGUCGUGUUGGUCGCCAUGUUGGCCGUGACUGGUGUUGAUGCUACGCUGAGGUAUGGCUUCUACAAGCACUCGUGCCCUAAUGUGGAGAGCAUCAUUUACAAGGCGAUGAAGGCGGCAUAUGAGAAAGACAAUACAGUUGCUCCUGGCGUUCUCCGCCUCAUCUUUCAUGACUGCUUCGUUCGGGGCUGUGAUGCCUCCGUCCUUCUGGCUGGAAAUAACACAGAGAGAGCUGCCCUGAAUAACCAAGGCUUGCACGGGUUCGAGGCCAUCGAUGCUGUUAAGGACGCAGUCGAGAAAGAAUGCCCCGGAGUGGUCUCAUGCGCAGACAUCCUCGCCUUCGCUUCUCGUGACACAGUGAUCCUGACUAAAGGAGUGGGCUGGGAAGUCCCCGCAGGACGGAUGGACGGCAGAAUUUCUCUCUCCACAGAGCCUCUUCAGGAGCUGCCUCCAUCAACAUUCACUAGCCAGCAGCUAAUAUCCAUAUUUGCUGGCAAGGGACUGACCGCAAAACAGAUGGUUGAUCUCUCCGGUUCUCACACCCUCGGAAUCACCCACUGCCUUCAUCUGCGCGACAGGAUUUUCACCACCAUAGACCCAACUAUCCCGAAGAACCUACUCAGGCAGCUGCAGCGCAAGUGUCCCAGUAACACCUCCCUCACUCCCUUGCAGAUCGACCGCUACACCGGAAAUAAGUUCGACACCCAGUACUUCAGAAACAUCGUCAGGGGACGCGGCCUCAUGACCUCAGACCAGGAUCUGUUCAGAGACCCAGCGACGAAACCUUUUGUGGAGGCUAACCUUAAAAGAGCCACAUUCGACAAGAACUUCGCUGAGGCGAUGGUGGCGAUGACUAGCAUCGAGGUAAAGAUUGGACACGAGGGGGAGAUCAGAAAGCACUGCCAGUUCGUGAACUAGGUCCGAACACUGAUUUGCGCUUUUAGUCGGAGACUGUCGAUGAUUAGAUGAUGGAGAUUGUUUACAGGGAGGCUUGCUUGCAUUCCCGACGCCCUCUUCGGCCUAGUGUUGCAUUCACAGCAUUCCUUCGAAUACUCUUAGUAGCUUACAGUAGAUUGUUUUCUGUUUUGUGAUUCCUUUUGGUAUAAAUGCCCAUUUCGGCAGCUCGCUCCUCGUUUCAAGAGGCUUCGUAACAGAAAAUCUCCGCUCGCCA